AUGAUUGCCUCUCUGAAGCCCCGGCCUCUUGUGAUUGUGGCGGCACUGUGCGUCUUGUUUUGCUUGGGAACCUUGGUGGACGCCUACCCACCCAAGCCAGAGAGCCCGGGACCAAACGCAUCUGCUGAAGAACUGACCAAAUACCUGACGGAUCUUCGGCAUUACAUUAACCUGGUGACAAGGCAGAGGUAUGGCAAAAGAUCCAGCCCGGAGACUUUGAUGUCAGAGCUUAUUUUUGGGGAUAGCAGCAACAGUGACCACAACGGCAGAUCACGGUUUGAUGAUUCCUACAUGUGGUGA